GUUGCCAUUCCUUUUUGGGUGACGUUUGUGGUUAGGUAGUUAAGUUUGUUUACCUUUUUAGUAAAUCGUGACUUGUUACUUGUUCUUUAAUAAAAAAAUUGUAUAUUUCCAAAAAUAUUUUUCUGAAUUUAUAGAUAAUUGGAGAAGAAAUGAAUAAAACGAAGCCCAUCGAAAAUGAUUUCCCUAUUUCGGGCUUAUUACCCAAGAAUGAAACCGGCGCUGCUUCAUUUUUAACGAAAUAUCCUACAUAUGAUGGUAGAGGUAUUGUAAUUGCAAUUUUGGAUUCAGGAGUCGAUCCUGGAGCUCCUGGAUUACAGAAAACCUCAGAUGGAAAAAUAAAAGUAAUAGAGAGGUUUGACUGCAGUGGUUGUGGCGAUGUUGAUACCAAAACCAUAGUAGAGCCUGAUGAUGAGGGCUACAUUACUGGUCUUACUGGGAGGAAGAUGAGAAUUCCAAAUAACUGGAAUAAUCCAUCUGGAACGUUCAGAAUAGGAGUUAAAAAUGCAUUUGAUUUGUAUCCUGAAAGGCUUAGGGAUCGUGUCAAAGGAGAAUACAAGAAAAAGAACUGGAAAGAAGGCCAAAGAAAUGUCCUAAGCAAUUUGUGGCGUGAUUUAUCGCAACUAGAAGAUAAACAAAAAAAGACCCUUAAUGAAACUGAAAAAUUAUUGAAAGAAGAUUGUGAAGCUAAAGUUGAAUUUUUAAAUAACUUAGACAAGAAAUAUUGCGAUAAUGGUCCCGUAUUUGAUUGCAUACUUUAUAAUGAUGGCUCAAAAUGGAUGUGCUGUGUUAAUGUUAGUAGUGAAAAUGAUCUCUCAAAAUGCCCCCUACUAGGAGAAUACAGUGUCACUCAUGAGUAUCUACCUCUUACGAAAAUAGAUAAUUUAAAUUUUAGCUUUAAUGUGCAUGAUGAUGGAAAUGUCCUUGAGCUUGUAGGAGUUUGUUCAAGCCAUGGGACUCAUGUAGCGUCAAUAGCUUCAUCUUACUUCCCAGAUUUGCCCGAGCAAAAUGGUUUAGCUCCGGGCGCUCAGGUCAUAUCUCUUACUAUCGGAGAUGGUAGGCUUGGUUCCAUGGAAACUGGUACUGCCCUAAUAAGAGCCAUGAUCAAAAUUAUAGAACUUAAAAAAAAGAUGAACAUACAUGUUAUAAAUAUGAGUUAUGGCGAACACGCCCAUUGGGUUGACACGGGGAGAGUGGGAAAUUUGGUAAAUGAAAUAGUAAAUAAAUAUGGAAUUAUAUGGGUCUCAUCGGCUGGUAAUAGUGGUCCCGCCUUAGGAACUAUUAGCACACCUUCGGAUAUUGCCGACGAACCUAUUAUUAGUGUUGGCGCUUACGUAUCAUCAGAAAUGAUGGUAGCUGAAUAUGCUAUGAGAGAGAAACUUCCAGGUAUUCGAAUUUUUAUAGAGCAUGGUUCUACUUAUACAUGGUCUUCAAGAGGUCCUACUAUCGACGGGGGAGUUGGGGUUCACGUCUGUGCUCCAGGGGGAGCAAUUACAUCAGUACCCAAUUUUACUCUGCGAUACUCACAACUUAUGAAUGGUACAUCAAUGGCUUCACCAAACUGUGCAGGGGCAAUUUGCUUAUUACUCUCUGGUAUGGUACAGCAAGAGUUACCUUUCUCACCAUAUUUAGUCAGACGAGCUUUAGAAAAUACUGCUAGUUUUAUUGAAGGUCUAGAAAUACCUGCUCAAGGAGCUGGGUUGAUUCAAGUAGAAAAAGCAUUCGAAUAUUUGGUUAACUAUCAUAAUACGCAAGAAAGAGAUGUUAGGUUUCAAGUGCAAUGUGGUUCAAGCAAUAGUAAGGGAAUUUAUUUAAGAACUAAGUUGAAUACGACAAAACAUACAUAUAAAGUAAGCAUAGAACCAAAAUUCUUGAAUGAGGAUGAGGUUCUACCUGAAAAAAAGAUUAAUUUUAAUAUAAAACUCGUUAUGACAUCACCAAGUAGUUUUGUACAGUUUCCAAAGUAUUUAGAUUUAUCAAAUAUGGCUAGAAUGUUUGCCGUAAAAAUUGAUACGUCUGAUCUAAGUGAAGGCUUAUAUAGCACCUUCAUCAAUGUUUGUGAUUCAACUUGUAUUGCCAAAGGCCCUAUUUUCAAAAUUCCCAUCACAGUUAUUCAACCAAAAGAAAUAACCGAAUCUAAAUUCAAAGUAGUUUAUAACGAUGUUGCAUUUAAACCAAAUACGAUUAAGAGACAUUAUUAUGCGGUACCACCCUGCGCUUCUUGGGCCGUUCUUACCCUAACUUCAGUGGAAGAUACUGGUCGUUUUAUAGUGCAUACAAUGCAGUGUCUGCCAAGACAACAUUGUAAAGCCUUAGAAACCAUGAAAAAUAUACCUGUUACCUCUAAAAAUGAGACGAGUAUUAGUUUUCAAGUAAAAGAAGAUAAUGUUUUGGAGCUUGUUAUAGCCAAGUACUGGGCCAGCACUGGAGACAUGAAACUAAACUAUAGUUUGGCAUUCUUUGGGAUCAAGCCUAAUCAACCAAUGAUAAAUAUGUAUUCCUCUAAUGGAAUACAUAUGGUUGAGGUUAGGACCUUGCAAGGGGAAGAAGUAAAUCCUGUGAUAACCCUCAAGAAUUCAGUUCAAGUUUUAAAGCCAUCGGAAAAUAAGUUAUCUCCCUUAACAAAACGUGAUGUGAUACCCCCUAGUAGGCAAAUCUACGAACUAGUAUUAAGUUACAAUUUCAGUAUUACGAAAGCCUGUGAGGUGUCACCAAAUCUGCCUUUACUUAGUGACAUGUUGUAUGAGUCUGAAUAUGAAUCGCAAUUUUGGAUGAUCUUUGAUUGUAAUAAGCAACUUUUGGGAAGUGGAGACGCUUAUCCUUCCAAGUAUACUGUUAAAUUAGAGAAAGGUGACUAUGUGAUACGACUUCAAGUAAGACACGACAAAAAGGCUUAUCUAGAAAAAAUACAGGAGGCGCCUUUGUUACUUCAGCAAAAAUUAUCAACUAACAUCAUUAUGGACAUAUAUCUAUCAUAUUCCCAGGCCCUCAUUGGUGGCAAAAAAGCCGGAGUUAUACAGGAUUCUAACCCUUACUACGUACAACCUUUGUAUAUUGCACCCUUAAAUGCAGAUAAGUUUUCGAUAAAAUCUAAUAAUCCAGCACAUUACCUUACUGGCACCAUUACCUACGGAAAAGACGAUUUCUGUAAAAAAGUUGACAUUUAUCCUAUAAAGUACUUCCUUCCAGUGCAUAAUUUAUUGGGAGCAAAUAGCUCGAAGAAAAACACGGAUAACGGUUUACCUGAGAGACCAAAAAUAGAGGAAUAUAGAGAUUGUUUGCGGGAUUUUGAAAUUAACUGGUUGCCUAAAUUUGAUAAAGAAACCGGCGAAAAAGUAUAUGAAGAACUCGCCAAAACGUAUCCCAACCAUCUACCUCUUCAUUUGUCAUUUCUGCAAUUAAUCGACCCGUUAGAUAGAAAAGUUCUACCAACCCUUAAAAGAAAACUUACGCAAAAUGCAGGAGACGUUAGAAAAGUCAUAAAUAUAUGUGAAAAGGUACUAGAGAAUGUCAACGAAGAGUCUAUUUUAGAGUUUCUUGCCACCAAAACUGAUUUAAGACCUGAUGCCGUUAAACACAAAACGCAUAUGGAGCAGCAAAAGAAUGUAUAUUUAGAGAGCUUGAUAAGGAAAGGUAUAGCCUUAUGUAAGCUUCAUGUUUUAAAUGAAGCUCCUGAGAAUAUAAUGGACGAAAUUUCCACUGUUUGGAAAUCAAUGGUUAAAUUUGUUGAUCCUAAUGAUUUAAAGGUGUUAACCUCGCACGCAUUAUAUUUUGCAACCUGGCAUGCGUUUGUUAAAAAACAAUAUGGACGGGUAUUAAAAUAUCUGUUUAAACUUCAAGAAGAUAAGCCCAGUGAAGAUGUAGACAAAAAAAUUAUAGAAUUUUGUGAAAUGCUUCAAUGGAAACAUGUGGUUGACUAUCUUGAAAGAAAUCUUCCUUCUAGAUAUCCAAACUCGUAUAGACCUUUUUAAUAAUACAGAAUAUAAAAUGUAUAGUAAUCCUGAUUGAAAAAUUAGGAAAUACAUUGAACAAUAAACCACAUUUUUUAUAUAACAUUUUAAAAUAACAAAAAUCGAUUUAUAACAAUAGUAAGGAUAAAAAUAUCACGGAUAUAAAUUAAUUUAAACGCAUAAGUAUUAAUAAAAACUGCUACAAAUCGACCAAAGUAGCUUUUAUGAUGCGCAAUAGCACGACAGUGGAAAGCUCAUUUAAAACAGUUCAUUCGUAGUGCUUAGAGCAUUUAUCAUAGUGUUUCAGAUUCGUUCGGUUCAUGUUUUUUUCUAAAAAAGAACUGUUGUACAAGUUUAAAUAUAUUUAAAAAUGCAUAUUUUAUUCUAAAAUCGAAGAAUACAACUGCUUAAAACCCUCCAUUUUAUACGCAUACGUGUAUUAUACGUUAAUCAAUGGCUCUUUUUUCUGCGCAUCUCGGAAGCCAAGAUACUUUGGUUAAUUUGUAGCUUCAUAAAACAAGUAUUGGAAUCGCGAAAAAUUGCAAGCAACGUUGCGCCGUUUUCUUCUAUAAAAUUUAUCGUAGAUGAAUUUCUCCUCGCGUCACUUUUUUAUUGGGCUUUUGUAAAUUAAAACUUUAUUUCCGUAAAAAUGAUCUUUAUCUUAUUUUAAUAAUUUAACCAUGUGCCUGUAAAAAUAUUUAUCUUCUUAUCGGUAAUUUUGUAUAGGCAUUUUGGAUGGGGAGAAGUCUCCAGUCCAGUAGCGUGACAUCGUAUAGAAAAUAAAUUCCUUCUCUAGGCGUAUCAUCUUGUAAAAUUAAAAAUAUAAAAUAUUUUAGCAAGAGCAAAUGCUGCCUUGUUAUUAUUUUUAGGCGACGAAUUAUCCAAUUUAGCACAUUAGGAUCCUCAAGUUUUGGGUUUUUUUUUUAUUUUUCUUAUUAAAUUUACAUUUUUGGCAUUUAUGAAAAAUUACCGUUUCCGAUUCUCUCAGUUGAAAUUCAAGAAAGUCAGGUCACUGUCAAUAUAAUAAAGACAGGACAUAGAUUUCAAUAUAAUAAAAAAAUAUUAAUUUUUAUUCUUAUUGAAUUCUUUUAUAGAAGUAUACGGAGACAUGUAAAUUACAACAUAUAUAUUACGUGCAAGUAGCCAAAGGCAGUGAUUUCUAAUGAUCCUUAACUUUCACAAGACCUUUAGCCACGAGUUACAUAUGUUGUUUAUAUUUUCAUUAUGCUGAUCUUAAAUAUUGUGGAUUUUUUGCCCUAAUGUUAAUGUUAUUAUUUUGCCCCAUUGAUAGAACAAAAUCCUUUAAUAAAACCUUGUAAGAGAAUCUUCCAGAAAUGAUUUGUAACUUAUCGCCUAGCAAGAUUAACCAUUAUGAUGCUUGGAAAAUUGUGGUUGCUUUAUGAACAUGUUUUAUUAUAAUUAAAUUACGAUUUUAUUACUAAUGUAUUAUAUUAUGAUUUUUACAUUGGUAUUAAUUUGUGUUUGAUUUUUUUAAAAUUAGCUAUUUAAAAAUACAUUUAUUGUACAUCUUUUGAAAUAUUUUAAGAAUCAAUAUUUUGCUUAUAGAUAGAUUAGCAAAAAGGAAAUGUGACUUAGAUUUAUGCUCAAAUUUAUAGUAUAUAAUACUAACCAAAUAAUAAUCUUACGCAAAUAUGUUGAAGAAGGUAGGACUCUAUUUUUCGUUUAUUAACCACAUGGCUACAUUGAAAUUUAAUGCAGUGUGUAAUAAUUGUUUCACUUUUAACUGAAUAUUAUAAAGUUAAAUUUGAAACACUUAAUUUUUGGCAUAGGGUAAGAAAGAAUAAUAAUAUGUUACGGAUAAUUUUUAAUAGAUCUAUUUAGGCAUACUGUAACCCUCAGCU